GGCACGCGCUCAUUGACAGCGAUAAUGCGCCAACUCAGCACUCUCGUUUCUAUCUGUCAAUGAGAAGGGAGCGCGGGGGGUGCGUGGUUACUUGGAGGCCUGGGAAAAAAAGAAAAGAAAAGAAAAGAAGAUGUUCGUUGUACACGUCUGUUUGUCUGUCUGUUCGUUGUCUAUAGACUAUACAUACAUGUACAUUGCCUAUACAUAUACCUACAUAUACAUCCAUCAUCCAUGUACCGCGUCUGUCUGUACACAGCCCCGAGAGAUCAAAUCUCCUGCAGGCGCAGCAGCACAUCUGGAUCAGACGGAGAUUUUGAAUUUGGAUUAUUGGAAAAUCUCAGGCGCAUCGUCAUAUUUCAUUCAGGUCUUGUCUUACUUUUCUAGAAUAGAUAGAUACCCCCUUAUUGUGCCUUUACCCCUCCUGGAUUCUCACUCCCCCUUUCUUUUCUUGCUUCUGUCCUUCUUCUUCUUCUUCUUCUUCUCUCCCCCUCUCUCUGCCCCCCUCUCUCCCGCCCCCCUCUCUAAGGUACCUCCCCCUCUCAACGCAGCCAUCAUACCGUAUCUAUCUAUCAUGUGAAGAGCGGGGCCGAGCAAUCAAUCACCCCUCACAUAACAUCCGUCCCUCCCUCCCUACCUCCCUCCCUACCUACAUAUCCAACUUACCUUACCUUACCUUACAUACAAAUCACACCG